AUGAAAGAUCUCCGCGAAGCUCUACUAGCUCCUUCUCCGAAAGGUAUUUCCGAAAACACCCUGUCGGAAACCGUAGCUCGAGAUGAGGAGAGUGUGCGCCAAAGCAUUGCCCGAGGGGAGGAUCUUGAAGAACUCCGAGGAGCGGCCUUUCACAAUCGAACAUGGGUCAUCAGCGACCGCUAUUGCAAUGUUGGCGAUGGCGUCGACUCUCUUGAGGGCUAUCUCCAUGAUCUUUGGCACAUGUACUACCAGGUCGCCCGCCAUACAGCCCAUGAAACGCCGGAACAUGACCGAGGACGCGGAGUUUUAACCCGACCCGCGCCGGGUGUUUUUGGGGUCGAUAUUGCACGAACAGUUGAAGGCACGCUAUGGAAUGAUCUACCCUUCUUGGUCACUGACAUGACCAAAUUCUGGGUCGACAACGCCGCAAAGCUUUCGAGCGCUCAUCGCGUCAAUUUUGCGUCUUUCUUGGCCAAACUGGCAGCAACACGCAUCAGCAAGGACAGGGUGUGUCAGAUUGCCCUUGUUCUCUUCCGGUCUGCACUCGAAGAACCUCGAGAGCUUAACACGGGUCAAGGAUCUGACCAAGAGGACAGAAGUCGAGACAUGAGAGAGCUUGACGUUGUCCACUUGCUGCCGUCUGUCUCGAUUUGGAUCAAGGAGGCUGGCUACAAUCUGAUUCAACUAUCAGAUGUAUCGUGGAAUGAUUGCCCCAGCGCUGUUGGUGAGGGUGGCACCAUGUUCGUCGAGUCAGUGCUUGGGAAACGAUGCCCGUAUGGAUUCACACCUUGGCGCUGGAUGUUCUGGCUCAAGCGUUUGUAUGAAAUCAGAGAUGAGGCAAAAGAGGCCAAAGAGGAACGCCUAGAGGAAUAUGCUGCUGAUGCCAUUGAAUCAAUGCGCGAGGCGGUGGUAGAGCGUAACUCUGAGAUUCUGAGAGCUUAUAAGAAUGCUGGAAAAGACGUGCACGAGGAAAAACAUCUGUCUUGCUUGAAGGAUCCAGCUCAGAGCUUGGAAGAGCUGGCUAUGAGCCGGAUGGAUGACACUGGUGAUAGCGAAUAG